CGUAUCGCUCGCACGAUGGAUUGUGAUUGUGACAUGUGGUAUUGAUUUGGUGUGUUUUAUUGUGACGUUGGAAGGAAGCAUGAUGCCUCUCGCACCGACUCCUGUCGUGGCGGUGCCGUCAAAGCCGAAGAUCGGAUUUAGUAUAGACAGUAUCGUGGGUGGUUCGGAGAGGCCCAAGCAUACGUCUCCUCCUUUGGCGAGUCCGGGAUCGCCUUCGCCCGUCGCGUCGCCACGGAGUCCUUCGCCCAGACCUUUGCUACGUCCUAGUGCUUUACCGGCUGUGUUUCCAAGCCCUGAACUAAAGAGAAUACCUUACUUGGACGCUCAGAGUCACCAUCAUCAGUUCUUAGCGCAUUUCCAAGGGGCUGCUUUGGCCGCAGCCCUAGCUCAUCAGCAGCAAGGCUUUGGGGCUCCAUUGCCGCCCCAUCCGCCGCCUCACCCUGCAGCUCCGGUGCCGAGGGAGUCAUAUCAGUUGUACCCGUGGCUGAUAAACAGGCAUGGAAGGAUUUUCCCUCAUAGGUUUCCUGGGGGUCCCGACAUCCCAGGCUUCCUCCUCCAGCCCUUCAGGAAGCCGAAGCGGAUCAGAACCGCCUUCUCACCCUCACAGCUUCUCAAGCUGGAGCACGCCUUCGAGAAGAACCACUACGUAGUCGGUGCUGAGAGGAAACAGUUAGCACAGGCGUUGAGCUUGACUGAAACACAGGUGAAAGUCUGGUUCCAAAACAGAAGAACGAAACACAAAAGAAUGCAGCAAGAAGAAGAAGCUAAAACUGGUACUAAAUCCGGUUCGUCGAGUUCCAAACCAGAAGAUAACCAGUUUAACAACUCCUACGAAGAAGAAGAUGAAGAACUAAUAGACAUGGACAUGGACGAGUUAAGUGAAAGUGAAAAUGAAACGUAAAAUGAACGAAAAGUGAACGUAAGUGACAGGACACUAUAGUAAUAAAGAUUUGAUUGUGAAUUUAAAUUAAAGAAACGCUUCACUACAAUUGACGUAAAACUGUCAAUUUAUUCAGAUGCAUGCAUAAAUUGACAUAUGCAUUACUGUGACAUUUGACAGAUUUGCGUCAAUUUUAGUGAUACGUUUAUUUAAUUUGAAUUCGUGUCCCAGGACGCUAUGAAGUGUAAAUAGUAUUGUAAUUUAGUUAAAAAUAGUAGAUUAUUUUUAUUAUUUAUUUCUCGAUUCGAUUUAAAAGAGUUUGUAUAUUAUGAGUAUGAAAUGAUUUUGAUGUUGGCAAUACUGGAAAAUUGGAUAUAACAUGAAGGUUCUAAGUUGUAAAUUAAUAUUAUAACUUAGGUUAAUAAGUACAUAACUACUUGAGAUGAUUACCUAAGAAUAUGAGCUGCCAAAUUUUUUUUCUUGUAAUUUUCGUAAUUUGUGACAUAAUAUUUAUAACUUAACUAGGCUUAACUUUGCUCAUACUAAAGCUAAGAACUAGACAGAGUUAUACCAAUGACAUAAAUCUGUCU